AUGAACGCCACGCGCGCGCUCCUCAAGUCGUCGUCCUCGACGCGCUGGCUCGCCCGCCAGUCGCGCGACCCUUUCGUCAAGUCGCGCGGCGGCGCGUACCGCGCCCGCUCGGCGUUCAAGCUCAAGGACCUGGCAGGCAAGUACCCGAUCCUAGGACGGCGCGUCGUCGACCUCGGCGCCGCGCCCGGCGGGUGGAGCCAGGUGGCGGCGGAGAAGCAGCGCCAGUUCCGCGGCAAGGGGGUGGUCGUGGCCGUGGACUUGCUGCCGAUGGAGGCGAUGCCGGGGGUGGAGGUUGUGACAGGGGACUUUUUCGACACGGGCGUGCAGAGCCGCGGAGCGUCUUCGACCGCCGAGAUGGCAGACACCGGCCUUGCCGACUGCGUCCUUAGCGACAUGAUGGCGUCGAUGAGCGGGAUCCGGGAUCGUGACGUCGCGGCAUCGCUUGAUCUCGUGUCCGCCGCUACGUGGCUGGCGCAUCAGGUCCUCCGCUCCAAGGACGAUGACCUCAAGUUCUUCAUGCACCCCGAACUGGUUGACUUCCGCAAGAAGCAGCUCGAGCCCUACUUCUUCAAAGUCGUCACCGACAAGCCCGCAAGCAGUCGUAAGGAGAGCGCCGAGGCGUACUGGGUUUGUCUGGGUUACAAGGGGGGAUGGGUCCCCGAGGAGGUAUAA